AUGUGGUAUUCAAGUUUACUAGGUUACAUAUUACCCGUAAGUGACUUUUCUGAUCCUUUUAAAAUCCCACGAAUCGUUGGCGGUGAGAAUGCUCCAGAAGGUGGUAUACCUUACCAGGCAUCUUUAAGAAGUAAUUACAAUUCUCACUUUUGUGGUGGAUCCAUUAUUAGCGAAAGAUGGAUACUCACAGCUGCUCAUUGUACUGUUGGAAAAUCCAAUCGUACAAUGAUAGUAGUAGUUGGCACUAACAGUCUACUAGCUGGUGGUGAUCAUUACAACGUGGAAAAGAUAAUAGUUCACGAGCAGUACAACGGGAAUCUAAUAUACAACGACGUUAGUGUUGUCAAAGUUGCCAAUGACAUUGAAUUCGGAGACCGCGUUCAACCAAUACAUAUAGCUGAUAGUGAUACUAGGGGGGUCAUGGGGAUUAUGGGCCGCCCUGAGCUGUAUCCAGGAGUGUUACCAGUUCAGCUGCAAAUGAUCAACCUGGUGUCCCUGAGUGUGGAGGAAUGUCAGAGGAUAUAUAGUAAUAUUAAUCCCGUGUAUAACACUCAGAUUUGCUCAUUAACAAAGAGAGGAGAAGGCGCUUGCCACGGUGAUUCCGGUGGUCCUCUGGUAUCUGGCGGUGAAGUGGUGGGCAUCGUGUCCUGGGGCAUGCCGUGCGCCAGGGGAUAUCCUGACGUCUACACACGUGUCUACUCCUUUAAGAAUUGGAUCACAGAGAAGACGUCUGAAGAAUCCUCAGACCAAACGUCAUCAGACCAGGAACAACUUAUUAUUGUCGAUAAUUAA